GCCUUCCACCUCCUUCACCACCACAUUCGUCGUAGAUUUAGCCUCACAUAUCGUAUCUUAUAUUUUGUUCGUGCCUCACUCAGCUAUUCAGUACCAUGUCGAAUAAGUACAGAGGUGGCGGGGGUAGACAGCGAGGUGGCUUCCAGGGCGGCGGUGGUGGCCGCUCCCGUGGAGAUCGCGGAGGUGGGUCUAGAGGAGGGUAUGGAGGGCCGCAUGGUGGUGGCCAGCAAGCUAUCCAGGUCUUCUCCAACCCUCAAAGUCAAGAUCCCAAAGUUGCGAAAGUUGAAGACGCAUUGCAUCCAACAACAAAGAAGACCCUCAAUCUUGGAAGCUUAAAGUUAACCGAAGACUUCCCCAGCCGUCCCGGAUAUGGCACCAAGGGUGCCAAAGUUGAACUCACAGCAAACUACGUCGAGUUAUUGCCCCCAUCAAGCAUGAUUCUGCAUCGGUACGACAUCCAGAUCAAGCCAGAGGCCGCCGGCAGGAAGCAUUUCCGGCUCAUGCAGCUACUUCUCCUGUCGACAGAAUUGGCAGCUCACCAGGGAAACCUUGCAACUGACUUCCGGUCUACCCUUGUCUCCAAAACUAAGUUUCCGCGUAACGAGACCUUCAUCGAGGUUCAGUAUCGUUCCGAAGGCGAAGACGAGCCGGCGGCUGGAGCCACUACAUAUACGGUUCGCGUCCUUUAUUCGAAGACUUUAAGUACGGCCGAGUUGAUCGACUAUCUGAACUCCACGAAUCUUGGCCAGUCGUUUGGAGACAAAGAGGAGUUGACGCAGGCUCUGAAUAUCUUUCUGAACCACUAUGCCAAGUCCGCAAACAACCUUGCCACGAUUGGAUCGACAAAAAGCUUUUCUCUGAACCAGAACGCCGCAAGAGGAGAUCUCGGCUCUGGCUUAGAAGUCAUUCGGGGGUUCUUUUCGAGCGUGCGCGUUGCGACUUGUCGCAUCCUGGUCAAUAUCAAUGUUAGCUAUGGAGCUUUCUACCACGCUGGUCCUUUACUGGCGCUCAUGAACAAUUACGGAGUUCGCAACACUGUCGCCUUGGAAAAAUUUCUCAAAUCAGUUCGUGUGCAAACCACGCAUCUGCCCGAGAAGCGCAACAAAGCCAAUGAAGUAAUUCCCCGAGUCAAGACUAUCUUUGGACUUGCUAGGAAGGAUGAUGGACAUCGCAUGGCCCACCCACCUCGCGUUAGAAACCAUGGGGCAGGCGCCAAAGAUAUCGAGUUCUGGCUUGAUGAUGAAGCCAGCUCUUCUAGUGCACCCAAGGCGGAAGCCAAGGGAGACCCGAAAGGGAAGGGUAAGGGCAAAGGCAAGGCCAAACCAGAGAGCUCAGCAGCUUCUAGCUCUGGGAAGUACAUCAGUGUGUUUGAGUUUUUUAGAAAAACAUACAAUCAAGUCCUGCAACAUCCCGAACUUCCGCUGAUCAACUGCGGCAACCGUGAGAAUCCGAUGUAUCUCCCAGCAGAAGUCUGCAUUGUCUUGCCGGGUCAGCCUUCUAAGUCGAAACUCAAUGGCGCCCAAACGCAGCAGAUGAUUCGCCACGCUGUUCGAAAGCCAUGGGAGAAUGCGGCCUCGAUUGUUGGGGAGGGUGUACAGACUGUUGGUCUCAAUGAGAACUCCAAUGUGCUUUUGCGUUCUUUUGGCGUUAAGGUCACUCCAGGACUCAUCAAAGUCCCCGGUCGCAUCCUCGUUGGCCCGAAGGUCAUCUACAAGGACAACAAGGCCGCCGACCCACGCUUCGGUAGUUGGAAUAUGAUCGAUAUUAAAUUCAACACUAGCGCCUCACUUACCAAGUGGUCAUACCUAUUAAUCUCGCUCCCCCGAACACGUGACUCCUUCGACCUGCAAAGCGUAAGGACUGUAAUGAAUGAGUUUCAUCAAGCCUUGAGGAAAAUCGGCGUCGACGCCGCUCCACCAUUAGUAGGUCAACGCCUCCAAAUUCAGACCCCAGAUGACCCUGCGAUCGGCUCAACCUUACAACGCGCCGCUGGAGCUUUGAAUCUCCUUUUUAUUAUUCUGCCCGAGGCCGACAUACCACUAUAUAAGCGCAUCAAGACGCUGGCUGAUAAGGACUAUGGCAUCCACACUGUCUGCUCUGUGGGCUCUAAACUAGCCAAAGACCGCGGCCGCGACCAAUAUAUGGCCAAUGUCGCUUUGAAGUUCAACCUUAAGCUUGGCGGCAUCAAUCAGAUCGUGGAGAACAAGAACCUCGGCAUCGUCAACCAGAACAAGACAAUGGUUGUUGGCAUUGACGUCACACACCCUUCACCUGGUUCUUCUUCUAACGCGCCUUCUGUCUCCGCAAUGGUAGCUUCUAUUGACCGGUUCCUAGGUCAAUGGCCCGCAACCCUGCGCAUCCAACGCGCGAGGCAGGAGGACGUGGACGACCUAGAGGAGAUGCUCAAGUCUCGCCUUAACCUCUGGAAGACCAAAGGUAAACACACCGCUCUCCCCGAAAAUAUUCUUGUCUACCGCGACGGAGUUUCCGAAGGUCAGUACAACAAGGUCCUCGAGAAAGAGCUUCCCCAACUCCGCCGCGCAUGCGAACGAGUGUACUCAGCAGCCGACACUAAAAGAGGCCUUCCACGCUUCACCAUCGUAAUCUGUGGCAAGCGGCACAAAACGAGAUUCUACCCCACUACUGAGCAAGGCUGCGACAGGUCUGGCAAUACUAAACCCGGCACCGUCGUCGACCGCGGGGUGACUGAAGCGCGGAACUGGGAUUUCUUCCUACAGGCGCACGCCGCACUUCAGGGAACCGCACGCCCAUGCCACUAUUACAUUGUGCAUGACGAGAUUUUCCGGCAGACCUAUGCAAAAGCGAUUCCACCCCCGUUCCAGAACAUCGCUGAUAUCGUGGAAGAUCUCACGCAUAACAUGUGCUACUUGUUCGGCCGCGCGACCAAGGCUGUUAGUCUAUGCCCGCCCGCGUACUACGCUGAUCUCGCGUGUGAGCGCGCGCGAUGCUACUUGGCCAAUUUGUUCGACACCCCAUCACCAAGUGCGGCCCCGUCUGUGACUGGAACCUCGGCGGCUGGAGGAGCCGGGCAGCCUAGUGCUGGUGAUGUCGAGAUCCAUCCAAGGCUAAAGGAUACGAUGUUCUAUAUCUAGAUUUGGAUAUUGUGAAAGCGCUCAUCACUGGUGUACGCUCGCGGAAGGGAAAUGAUGAAUAUUAAACUAUAACAAAGAAGGUUAUGGAAGGAAGCUAGCAAGGAGCGAGAUAUGGAGCACCGAAAGCACUAUAGGGCAACAAGUGGCAGGAAUCUGGUCUAUAUCACGCUGGGGCUUGGGAUAUACGAAACGGCCGCUAUUCUCCUAUACAUUUUUACAAUCUAGAAGCUAUAUACGGC